CUUCCGUUUUCCAGGAGGAGCUUGGCCCUUCCUCCCCUCCUUCCUGGGCUUUGGGCUCCUUCCUCUCCCCGCAGAACCCUCUCUCUAAUUGGAGCCAGACCCCGCGCCCCACCACGUCUCCACUUCGCGAGGGAGAAGGAGAAGCGCCCGAGAGCCAGGAAGGGCAGGCUGGGCCAGGGAAGGCAGACGACCCACCGCAGGCGCCCCUUCCUCGCGUGGCCCUCGCCCCCAAAGAAAGAAAGAGAGAGAGAGAGAGAGACCCCCGAAGCAUGCCUCCUUGGCCGGCCCUCCUGCGCCUCUUGCCCCUGGCCCUGGCCCUGGGCGCCCUCUUGCCCCAAGGCUUCUCCUCCUCCUCCUCCUCCUCUUCCUCCCGCUUCAGCCCCGAGGCUUGGCUACAGCAAUAUGGCUAUCUACCACCGGGUGACCUUCGCACGCAUACCCAGCGCUCCCCACAGUCGCUUUCGGCUGCCAUCGCUGCCAUGCAGCGGUUUUAUGGGCUCCAGGUGACCGGCAAGUCCGACUCGGAGACCCUGAAGGCUAUGAAGAGACCCCGUUGUGGUGUCCCUGAUAAAUUUGGCGCAGAGAUCAAGGCCAAUGUGCGACGCAGGCGUUAUGCCAUCCAGGGGCUGAAAUGGUCACACUACGAUCUGACCUUUUGCAUCCAGAAUUACACACCCAAAGUAGGGGAACAUGCCACCUUCAGUGCCAUCCGCCGUGCCUUCAACGUAUGGCAAUCGGUGACGCCGCUGCGUUUCCGUGAGGUAUCUUAUUCAUUGGUGCGCGAGGGACACGAACCCCAGGCUGACAUCAUGAUCUUCUUCGCGGAAGGCUUCCACGGGGACAGCACCCCCUUUGACGGUGAAGGGGGCUUCCUGGCGCACGCCUAUUUCCCUGGGCCCCACAUUGGAGGCGACACGCACUUUGAUGCGGCCGAGCCAUGGACGUCCCGCAAUGACGACCUGAGUGGAAAUGACAUUUUCCUGGUGGCUGUGCAUGAGCUGGGCCAUGCGCUGGGCUUGGAGCACUCGAACGACCCUUCUGCUAUCAUGGCACCUUUCUAUCAAUGGAUGGACACGGAAAACUUUGAGUUGCCUGAAGAUGACCGGCGUGGCAUACAGCAGCUAUAUGGUUCUGAAAUGGGCCACCCCAGUAAACCUCCUCCAGUCCCCCGUACGACUGCGAAACCCCGUGUCCCUGACCGGCCCCCUAAAAACCCAACGUAUGGCCCCAACAUCUGCGAUGGAAGAUUUGACACUAUUGCUGUGCUGAGGGGAGAGAUGUUUGUCUUCAAGGACAAAUGGUUUUGGCGAGUCCGGAACAACCGAGUGAUGGACGGCUAUCCUCUCCCCAUCGGUCAGUUCUGGGUCGGUCUCCCUUCCACGAUCAACACCGCCUAUGAAAGAAAAGAUGGCAAAUUUGUCUUCUUUAAAGGGGACAAGCAUUGGGUCUUCAAUGAAGCCAUUUUGGAUCCGGGUUACCCCAAACACAUUAAGGAACUGGGCAGAGGGCUCCCCACGGACCGGAUCGAUGCUGCACUUUUCUGGAUGCCAAGCGGGAAGACCUACUUCUUCCGGGGAAAUAAAUAUUAUCGCUUCAACGAAGAGAGCCGAACUGUCGAAGCUGACUAUCCCAAAAAUAUUGAUGUUUGGGGAGGGAUCCCCGACUCACCUCGGGGGGCCUUUAUGGCUAGCGAUGAAGUUUUCACCUACUUUUACAAGGGGGACCAUUAUUGGAAAUUCAAUAAUGAGAAGCUGAAGGUGGAGCCGGGAUACCCCAAGUCAGUGCUGCGGGACUGGAUGGGAUGUAGCUCGGACGACCGGCGCGAGGGAGAAGAAGUCAUCAUCAUUGAGGUGGACAAUGGGAACGAAGGGGCAGUGAAUGCGGCUGCCGUGGUGUUGCCCAUCCUGCUGCUCCUCACCAUCCUGGCAUUGGGAAUCGCCAUCCUCAUCUUCAAGCGCUAUGGAACGCCCAAACGGUUGCUCUACUGCCAGCGUUCUCUGCUGGACAAAGUGUGACCAAGUGAGCCUCUCACCUUGGCCAGGAGGACAGGCCAUUCCUCCUGCUCCUGCCUCCUGCCCUUUGCCACCAUCUCACCUUCUCUGCUAUUUUCUUGAACUCCCUUCCCUUUAGUUGGCUUAGAUGUGUCUACCUGUCCCUUUUUGCCACAAUCUCCUCCUCCCUUUCCUUUUUCUUCCUCCAUCUCUCUCCUGGUCCCUCCUGUACUACUUUCUUGAACCUCCUCCCCUUUAGUUGACUUAACUGUGCCUCCUUGUUCCCUUUUGCCAUCAUCUCCUUCCUUUCCUCCUCCUACUUCUUCUCUUCCUCCUCCUACUUCUCUUCCUCCUUCCUUUCCUCCUCCUACUUCUCCUCCUCCUCCUUUUUCUCCCAUCCAUUUUCUGGACCCUCUUCUGAUAGUUUCUUGAACCUCCUUCCCUUUAGUUGACUUAGCUGUGUCUUCUCAUCCCUCCUUCCACCAUCUCCUCCCCUUUUCCCUUUUUUCUUCUCCCAGCCACCUUUUCAUCCCUUCUUUCUUCCUUGGUGUUCUGCUUUUGGGCAACUUUCUUAAGCUUGACUUGUUCUCCUCCCAUUCCUUCACCUCCAAAACCUUACCCAGUUCUGUUCCUGUUUUCCUUCUUUGCAACCAUUUACCCCUCCUCCUCUUUGCUUUGCGUUCCCUCUCCUCCUCCUAAUAUCCCGUGUGUGCUGAGCACGCUCAUAUAUGUAACUUGAGGAGGUGAAGGAGGAUUUCUCUCCAUGCUGGUUUUGGCUCCGUCAACCCCACCACAGCCUUCUCAUGGUGGGACAUCUCUUGACCUCUGUAGCAAAAAGAGACUUCACUUUGACCUGUCGGCUUGCAGAACCAACACUGCGAAGACCUUCCAAGGUUCCCUUCUAGAACCUGGUGGGAUCAAGGUUAUAUUAUCACCCACUGUUUAUUGGUCCCAGGAUAUCUGCCCCCACUUCCCAGCUCUGGUUCUCUCUAAAGAAUACCUUUUGUCUUUCCCUUCCUUGCCCUUCCCCUUCCUUCCAAGGGCAGAUAAUGAAUCAGUGGUGGACACAAGGGUAGAUGUCCUUCACUGGCUUAUUGGAGAUUGAGGGGAGGGUCUUUAAAAGGACGUGGCUUCAAAAUAAGGUAAUACGGAGGUAAUUAUGGAUUUGGUGAGACAGUAGGAGGAGCUAUGUAGAUGUGGGGGUGGGGGGAGGGAUGAUGUAACAUUCCAAGGAGCUGGAAUGGAAUUAAGCAUUCCUAAAGGAACUAUAUCAUUCCAUUGAGCAUGGCUUGAAAAGCAAGGCGGAGCCAGGGCCAACCAAUAGAAGUGCUUACGUAGUGCUCCCCAUAGAGAAAAGCAGGUAGGGUGCUUGGCGGGACACAAGGGGGUGGGUUCAAAAUGUGGGAGGUGUGGCCUAAGUGGCCCUCCCUCUAAGGGGCAGGGAGGCAUCCUUAAAGGGCCAGAUCUGGUAUCAUAGGGAAGGGAAGGGUGCACAGAUCUUGCCAAAUGGGAUGGGAAAUUGGUACAUGAACACAACAGCAAACAAAGCAAGUUGAGUGUAUGAAAGAUGGGAGGGUGGUUGGGUUUUUCCGAAGGGAGGAAGAGGAGGAGGUAGCAAUGGGAGAUGGGAUGGGACAGAUAUGGCCAGCCAGGUCCGGUUUUUGGCAGCACGGUUUGCAAAAUAAAAUGUUUACUCUCUGACAUAUAAUUAUACUUGCACAAAGUUUACAAGGGUCACUUUCUGGAUUCUGCAGAAACAAAGCGAGCGAGCAAACAAAUAAACAAAAAAGGGGAUCCAAAGAGGAAGAAAAUUGAUAUUGCACCAUAGAACUGCCUUAUCCUCCUCACUUAGGGAAAAUGUUUUUAAUUUUUGUUUAAUGUUGAAUAUGUAAUUUUAAUUAUUCUAUAGAAAUGCCUUUUUUAAAAAAACAAAAGUUAAAAAUAGUGCAUUAACAGGGUGGGUAAAAUAGAAUUGGGGUGGGAGGAGACCCCCAAAUUCCUGCAGGCCGGGAUUGAGGAAGUCUUAGCCCUCCCCUGUUCAGACCAUUGUUAACUGGGGCUUGGGGUAUGUGUGUUUUCAAAUGGUCUCCAAACGGAAUUAAACUGUGUUUAACGAUACAUUUGUGUUUUUGGGGUGGGCUUUUUAAUAUUUUUAUGGUUCCACUUUAUUAUUGUUAUUAUUAUUGUUAUUAUUUUGCUAUGGAUAAUAAACACCCAUUCAUUGGGAGGGAAAUAUACAUAUAUUGCUAGGAGCCAAUAGGCUGUUCAAUUCUGUUAUUCCUUUCAACAUUUAGCAAUAAAAAAACCAUUUCUGGGUAGAAAUGGAUCUAAAAUGCUGGAAGUUUUAAAAAGAAUUAUUAUUUUUUGUCCCAACACAUGUUCAUAAUUAUUUUGUUAUUAAAAAGGAGUCACCAAGGAUUUUUUUUAUAAAAAAGAACAAAACAAUAAAUGCUGGAAUUUCCCCCCU